GCAUGGAACGAGACGAGAAAGACGGCGGAGAAGUACAGCGACGAGCUCGUCGACCAGUGGAACAAGGAGAUCGACGGCCUCUUGACCUUUGACGGUCUGUUCUCCGCCGCUCUCACCGCAUUCAACACCAUCGCCUUCGCAAUGCUCCAGCCUCAACAAAGCGAUCAAACCAACGCGAUCCUGACCCAGGUCUCUGCGCAGCUGAAAAGCUUUGCGCUCAAUCCCUCCUUCGUCAACUCCACCGCCUUGGCGUUCGGGGACAUCGUGCCGACCCCCUUUCGUCCCGAGACCUGGGUCGUGUGGGUGAAUGCGCUCUGGUUCACUAGUCUCACCUUCAGCUUGUCGUCCGGGACGAUCGGAAUCAUGGUGAAGCAAUGGCUCAAAGAGUACAACACCGGGCUUUACGGGUUCUCCGCACCAAUCACACGACGUCGAAUCUACCGGCUCUCGAACCUCAACAAGGCGUACAUCCCUUUCAUCAUCUCGCUUGUGCCACUUCUCCUUAUCGUUGCCGUCAUUCUGUUCUUCGCCGGCCUCCUCGUCCUCCUCUUCCACUCCGACGUCCACGUCUUUGCCGCCACUGCAACGCUCGUUGGGAUGCUCCUGCUUUUCAUCAUCGCACAACGAUCAUUCCCUCGAUGCAUCCAUCGAUGUGUUACUUUUCGCCUCAAUCCAGGGCCUUCCAUUCUCUCUGGAGUGUCAUUCUCAGUUUCUACUCGCUCAUUUAUUGUUCAAUCAUACCUGCCCUCCGCUCUUUUUCUCGCACCCUCUACCAGAGCGAUUGGGGCUACCUUGAAACUGCUACCGUUGGGCGCAGACAGACCUUCCACGACUUUGCAUUAUCGCUGA